CAAGGAGGAGAGCGGCCAGCAGAGGGAAAUCGUGGGAUCUUCGCCCUCGAGCACUGGCGCUCCCCCGCUCCUUCGGGGACCAUGUGGGCAAGGAAUCUUAUGGCAAGGGCCUUAUACGACAAUGUCCCGGAGUGUGCUGAGGAGCUGGCCUUCCGCAAGGGAGACAUCCUGACUGUCAUAGAGCAGAACACUGGGGGACUAGAAGGAUGGUGGCUGUGUUCCCUACAUGGUCGGCAAGGCAUUGUCCCUGGCAACCGGGUGAAGCUCCUGAUUGGUCCUGUGCAGGAGACACCUUCCAAUCAUGACCAGCCUACUCCUGGACCUGUACACCAGCCCUUUGGCCAACAGAAACUGUACCAAGUGCCAAACUCACAGGCAGCAUCUCGGGACACCAUUUACCAAGUGCCACCUGCCUUCCAGAAUCAGGGAAUUUACCAAGUACCCACUGGCCAUGGUACCCAACAACACGAUGUCUAUCAGGUGCCACCAUCAGUACAAAGAAACACGGGAAGCACCAGCGGGCCUCACAUAAGUAAAAAGGUGAUCACCCCCGUGCGGACAGGUCAUGGCUAUGUGUACGAGUACCCAUCCAGAUUCCAAAAGGAUGCCUAUGAUGUCCCUCCUUCCCAUGCUCAAGGGGUAUAUGACAUCCCUCCUUCAUCACUGAAAGGCCCUGUGUUUUCAGUUCCCGUGGGAGAGAUAAAACCUCAAGGGGUAUAUGACAUUCCCCCAGCCAAAGGGGUCUAUGCCACGCCACCGUCUGCUUCCCGAGAUGAAGCAGGGCUUAGGGAAAAGGAAUAUGAUUUCCCCCCUUCAAUGAUGAAACAAGCUGGAUGGCCAGAUGUCAGACCCGAGGGGGUUUAUGACAUCCCCCCAACAAGCACCAAGCCAGCGGGGAAGGACCCUCAUGUCAAAUACAGCUGUGACCUCCCCGGAGCAGGGGAAGCAGUGGCGCGAAGGCACCAGAGCGUGACCUCGCAUCCUCCGCCCGCACAGCUGGGGCAGUCGCCUAGCCCCCGGAAUGACGCUUACGAUAUCCCCCGGGGAGUUCAGUUUCUGGAGCCACCGGCCGAGACCAGCGAGAAAGCAAACCCCGAAGAGAGAGACGGUGUUUACGAUGUCCCCCUGCAUAACCCGGCAGAUGUCAAAGGCUCUCGGGACGUGGUCGAUGGCAUCAACCGCCUGUCUUUCUCCAGCACUGGCAGCACCAGGAGUAACAUGUCCACGUCCUCCACGUCCUCAAAGGACUCCUCACUGUCGGCCUCCCCAUGUCAGGACAAAAGGCUCUUCCUGGACCCAGACACAGCCAUCGAGAGGCUCCAUCGGCUGCAGCAGGCCCUGGAGCUGGGCGUGUGCAGCCUCCUGGCUCUGGUCACCACGGACUGGCGGUGCUACAGCUACAUGGAACGGCACAUCAACGAGAUCCGCGCUGCAGUGGACAAGGUGGAGCUGUUCUCGCGAGAGUACCUGCAUUUUUCCAAGGGAGCUCUAGCCAAUGCCUCCUGCCUCCCAGAAAUGGGCCUCCACAACAAAAUGAAGCGGGAGCUGCAGAGAGUGGAGGACUCCCACCAGAUUCUCAGCCAGACCAGCCAUGACUUGAACGAAUGCAGCUGGUCCCUGAACAUCUUGGCCAUCAACAAGCCCCAGAACAAAUGUGAUGACCUGGACCGGUUUGUGAUGGUGGCCAAGACGGUGCCUGACGAUGCCAAGCAACUGACCACCACCAUCAACACCAACGCCGAGGCCCUCUUCAGAGGCGUCCCUGGCAGUUCCCAUCUGAAGAAUGGGUCUGACACCAUCACGAACUCGAGCGAGUACCCACACACUGGCUCCCAGAUGCAGCCACUGCGUUCUGGUGACUACAAGGUUCAUACCCACAGCAAAACGUUGCCUCCCACCCCCGGCAAAGAGCAGCCGCCAGACUGUGGCAGCAGUGAUGGUUCUGAGAGAAGCUGGAUGGACGAUUAUGACUAUGUCCACCUACAGGGCAAGGAGGAGUUUGAGCGGCAACAGAAGGAGCUGUUGGAGAAGGAAAACAUCAUCAAAGAGAGCAGGACUCCCCUGGAACACCACCAGUUGAGUCAGUUCCAGCUGUUGGAACAGGAAAUCACCAAGCCCGUGGAGAAUGACAUCUCCAAGUGGAAGCCAUCCCAGAGCCUGCCCACGGCCCACGGCAGCGUGGGCGCUCAGGACCGCCAGCUGCUCUGCUUCUACUACGACCAGUGCGAGACGCAUUUCAUCUCCCUGCUCAACGCCAUCGACGCGCUCUUCAGCUGCGUCAGCUCCGCGCAGCCCCCGCGCAUCUUCGUGGCCCACAGCAAGUUUGUCAUCCUCAGCGCGCACAAACUGGUGUUCAUUGGGGACACGCUGACGAGGCAGGUGGCCGCCCAGGACAUUCGCAACAAGGUCAUGAACUCCAGCAACCAGCUCUGCGAACAGCUCAAGACCAUCGUUCUGGCCACCAAGAUGGCCGCCCUCCAUUACCCCAGCACAACCGCCCUGCAGGAGAUGGUGCACCAGGUGACAGACCUGUCCCGAAACGCCCAGCUCUUCAAGCGCUCCUUGCUGGAGAUGGCCACCUUCUGAGGACUACGGGAAGCCAAGGAGACUAAGCAAAGGGUCACUAAGGCAAACUGGAAAUACUAUCUGGUUUUUGUAAAUGCUAUCUAUUUUUGUAGAUAUUUUAUAUGAAAAUGAAAUAUUUUAACAUUUCAUGAGUGGGGCACAUUUCAUACAUUCAGGGAGCUAGAGAGGGAAAUCUCUGUGUGGUUCUUAGGUAUUCAAUUAAGUCUCUGAGACAUAAGCUGUACAGAAACUUGUCCGCGUGUCUGUGUGCUCAUUCGUGUUUGUACAUGUUUACCUGAUACAUUCCAUUAAAAACAUGAGUUAAGAAGCA